UCGCAUCAUCAGUUGCUACAAUAACAAUUACGAAAUCCUGUCAAGUCAAAAAUUGAUAAGUUUUUUCCAUUUAUCGCUCUUUUAUUGUUUGAAAUUAUUUCUGCCGUAUUGUAAUAGUUACAGCUUUUAAUAUUUCUUCCACGAGUUAAGUUUAUUUUCAGUGACGAUGUCUUCAGCAAUGGAAAAUCAUCUUUUUAAUUUGAAGUUUGCUGUCAAAGAACUUGAAAGAAACUCCAAAAAAUGUGAAAAGGAAGAAAAGCUUGAGAAAGCCAAAACAAAGAAGGCCAUUCAAAAAGGAAAUGUGGAAGUAGCUAGAAUCCAUGCUGAAAAUGCCAUUCGACAGAAGAAUCAGUCCUUGAAUUAUCUACGGAUGAGUGCUCGUGUUGAUGCCGUUGCUAGCAGAGUUCAAACUGCUCUGACCACACGCAAGGUCACGCAGUCUAUGGCAGGAGUAGUAAAAGCUAUGGAUGCAGCCAUGAAAUCAAUGAACUUGGAAAAAAUAUCAUCAUUGAUGGAUAAAUUUGAAAAUCAGUUUGAAGAUUUAGAUGUACAAAGUAGUGUGAUGGAGAACACAAUGUCUCAAACGGUCACAACAUCUGUUCCUCAGUCUGAUGUUGAAAACCUAAUGCAGCAAGUUGCGGAUGAAGCAGGUCUUGAAUUGAACAUGGAAUUGCCAACGGGACCUGCCAGCAUUGGAACUGCUUCUCAAGCAUCGCAAGAACAGGAUGAGCUUACCCAACGACUUGCAAGACUUCGGCAAGUUGAAUAGUAAAAUAUAAGCGGUAAAUUGAACGUUGAGUUUAAGCAUUGUUAAAUUUGUUGUACAUUCUUGUCUUGUUUUUCCAUCAUUUUGCUGGCUGCGGUACUUCAUUUUUAUGAGCUUUUUACCAGUUUAGCUUGUAUUAUCAUACCUUUGAGGGGCAUAUGAAUAACAGUUCAGUUGCACUAGUUUGUUAUUGUGAAAUUGCUGAGGGCCCAUUUAUUUUUGUCUUAGAGACCAUGUUGAUUUCUAAACUCGUGAACCACAUGUUUUGGUUUGUAAUGUCGCCUACUCCCUGUCAUACAUUAUUUUUCUUUUAAUUGAGAAACGGAUCAAUGUGAUUUCCUGAAUUCUACAUUACUCUUUCUCUAGUAAAUGAAUAUUUUGUGAAACAAGAGAUUACGUUGCCUCGUUUAAUUUAAAAAUAAAUAAAGUAAGAGGGGGAGAUUUUGAAGCUCUGCAGUUGAGAUACAAGGUUUCUGAGCCCAACCAUCGAUAUUUCCAGUUCACAAAGUUGGGUUGGUACUACUAUUAGUUCGCUAUCUCAGUAUUUUAAUUCUUCCUGGAUUGUAGUGCCGAAACUAAACCUGUCAAUACGCAGCCACCCUUCUGAAACUUCACUUUUAAAUUUUUUAGGAGCCUAGCCUUAAUUUCUUGACUUUUAAGUAGUGUCUCCUCUGCUGAUUUAAUUUUAAAUGCCACAACUUUAAUUGGUUGAAUUUUGAUUGGCAAAAAUAUAUCUACCUACUCAUGCUCGCUCAAUUGCUGCUUCUGUUUUUUUGCAGCCUAAUGAGUCUGUGAUUACCAAAAGUUGAUCACAUGCUCUUAUUUUAUCUAUCUGUUUUUUAAUUGUCCUUAUAGUUUCUUCCUUUCACUUUUUCGCCCUAAGAUAUAGUUCUUAACUUCAAAAUAGACCAUUAGACAAGGUACAGUUUCUUAUCUAUUUUUCAUAUUAAACACAAUUUGUGCAACAAAAAUCAUUAAAAGUCACUCCUGACCCAGAUAUUGUUUUUCUGUGCAUGAAUUCAAACUUCCCGCCCAUAAGAAAACCAUAAUCCACUUGAGUGAAAUUGUACACUAAAAGUUAUCUUAACAGUUUUGUUUUGCCCUAUGAUCACAGGGCAACCCCAAUCUUGGUGCUUUGGCACAACUGUUGCACAUUGGUUUACACUUAGGAUAACACUUGGCAGGAAAAGAACACUGCUUAAUUAAGGAAUACUAGUUAUCAAAACCCUUUGAGUGCAUGAUUUGACUGACGUAAACUCUGGCUUUUUCUUUAAGUGGGAAAUUCAAAUUACUUGUAAAAACUGCUAAAUGAAAACGUUAACAUCUUCCUUAGGGGUUAAUCUCAGUAAUUUUCAUCUUGCGAAUUGUGCUUUAUGUAAAAUUUUAAAGAGGGAACCUUUAAAAAAUUUGUAUCUUGUCUGUUGGUGCAUUAACCCCACCCAAAUUUUUAUAAUGAUCUUAUUAAAUUAAUGCAAUAUUAUUCAUGACUUUGUAUCUUUCUGUUAUCAAUUUUUGGAAUAAUGAGAAACACUUCAGUUGAGAAUAACAUCAUUUAAAAGGAAAUAAACUUCAAAUAUUGUAUACAUUUU